GUUCCCGAGAAGGCCCAGGAGGCUGAGCCAGUGCUGCCCUGUGAGCUCCCUCCCAGCAGGAGCCUCUGCAGGACCCCCGACUCGUCAGCAGCUGGGAAGGGUGCAGCCCUGCAGCUCACUGCAUGCAUCCCAGGCUGGAGAACACAAACGUACCUUCAGUGUUGGUGUCAUUUGAAGAUGUGGCUGUGGAAUUUACCCCAGAGGAAUGGCAGAAUAUGGACAAUACUCAGCGGACCUUGUACAGAGAGGUGAUGCUUGAGACCUAUAACAAUCUGCUGUCUGUGGGGUACCACAUGACAAAGCCUACUGUGAUCCUCAAGUUGGAGCAAGAAUCAGCACCACAGACAGUGGAAAAAUCUGUCUACCAGGGACUUCCAGAUCCCUACAGAAAGAAUGAGCUGCUUGGAGCUAAUCAGAAAAGUCAAGAAAUAAUCUUCAGGCAAGUUGUAAUCACCAAAAUUAUAUAAUAAUUCCCAAGAGAG